AUGCAAUUUUCUUCUUUAGCCACCGUUGCCAGCUUGUCUGCUUAUGCUUCAGCUGCUGCCUACCAAAACGGUACUGUUGUCACUGUUGAUGUCACUGUUACUGGAUACACCACCUACUGCCCAGAACCAACCACUAUAACUGUCACUGUUUGUGAAGAGUCUGAUAUCUGUAAACCAACUGAAAUUGAAGUUACAGAAGCAAAGACUGUCACCAUUACUGAAGAAUGUAUCAUUCCAACAUCUUACACCACUAAUGAAAUCACCAUCACAAAGACUAUUUGUGAAGAAGAAAUAUGUGUCACCAAGACUGUUUGUGAAGAAGAAGAAUGUGUUACUGUUGCUCCUACCAAGGCUGCUCCAGCUGAAUCUCAACCAGCCGCUGUUGAAUCAAAGGCUGCUCCAGUUAAAUCUCAACCAGCUGCUGUCGAAUCAAAGGCUGCUCCAGCUGAAACUAAGCCAGCCGCUGUUGAAUCAAAGGCUGCACCAGCUGAAACUGCUGCUCCAACUGUAGCUGCCCCAGCUAAAUCAGCUCCACUUGAGAUUGACACCACCUCAACCGUCUACCAAGAUGUUACUUCGUACGAAGGUGCUGGUGUUAAGAAUGCUGCUGGUGUUGCUGCCGGUUUGGUUGCUAUUGCAGCUGCUUUGUUAUAA